AUGGAGGCGCGUGCGGUGGCAACUUUGCUCCGAGAGGCGGUGGAAGCCUACAGGUCUGCCUCUUUACCAGCAGAGCUGCUCGCAGCCGGCACGCCCAUUCGAACGGUACUAUCCUGGUAUAACCAUUCGGUACGCUUGGCGAUCGACAAGGAGAUGUGGCCGAGGAGGGACCUGUCGGCCUUGGCCUUGAAGCUGGGUGCAGACAUGCUGCCUCCCGCGACUCCCUGCGAGUUUGUGGAGGAGUCAUUGUGUUGGUGGGCAUUCGGACAGCACAACAGAAAUGCUGACUGGCUUGGUCAUGGAUAUUUCUGGCGGCCGAUCCCGGAAAAUAUGCCCGCGGACUUUCACAUCGAAAAUGCGGCUGGAAACGCCAUGAAUGAUUUCGACUGUGUGGAGAGCGGCUUUCGCCGUCUUGAUGGAAAAGUCCUAGCCGCGGACUACUCGCUGCUCCGACGUCACUUCCAGGAGCUGCAAGGCAAGUCGAAUGACGAAGUGGAUGGUUGGCUCAUGAAGGAGGCAGCCUGGCUCUCGGAAGGGCAGGCUCGUCGCCUGGCUGAGGGUGGAGAUCACCACCACCUUAUCACUUCAAAAGGGCCACUGCUGCCCGGAUCACGCUCUGCAUUGCGAGUCAGGAGCGGCGGCCGAGCUGCCACCUUUAUAGUGGCCGAUCGCUAUCGCAUAGACGAUCAUGGCAACUUUCGAGCUGGCAUGCUCGAUGUCAAAGGCGUUGGCACCCAUGUCAGGGCCGACAUCUCCUCGGAGAAGGUAACUGGUUUGCUGGGCCUUGCUGACGCUUUGAGGGAGAUGGCCUUUCAGCGUUUGGUACAGCGCCUUCUUGAGCUGGAAGGGCUCAGCGGCGUCAUGGGAACCGUUCCUUACUAUGCAAUCAUCGACACUGGCUUGGCAUACUGCGCCACAAAUCCCGCCACUGGAUGGACUGGUGAAAGCUGCGUCCUGCUGGUCAGACAAAGGCAGUCGCGCCUUUUCGACUCGUAUGAGGGCAUGAACUUUUCAGGCAUCUGCCCGGAUGCUGUCCACUCAGUGGGCCCUGGGCGUGAAAUGCGCCGAGUGCUUCACAGUUGGGGCAUCUCUGCCGAAUUCGAGCCGCGAGCAGUGUUCCAUGGACACGAUGCUUCCGAAGAUGAGGUGCUUUUGGCUGAUCAAAGCGGAACGUGGAAUUUACAGGCCGACGCGGCGUGCACUCAUUUCAUGGACUUCUCGGACUUCUAUGUUCUGCCGCGGUCGCCCCUGCCAGAUGCAUGGUGCAUGUCAGAGGAAGCUUUACGGCGUGCCUUCUCCCUCGAGCGAACUGCCACAUCAGAGAGAGCUCUGCAUUGUUCCGCACUUGCUGAAAGGCUGUGGGGUCAGCGCGACCCGGAGUCUGCUGCUGCUGCCUGCCUUGAGCUACGAAAGAGCCUCUCCAAGCAGAAGGAGCUUCGAGACGCAGCUGUGGCGGUUGAUGAGCAUGGGGUCAUCUUGCCAAUGAAGCCGAAGUACUGCAUGUGCUGGUUCAUGGAGUUGGAUGACAGCCCCAUGAGCCGCUGGUGUCUCGACACAGCGCGCGAGUAUGCAUCGGGGUCGCGCAGCCUCGGCGCCGGCGAGAUCCUGGAGACCUUGGAGGCUCGCUUCCUUGCCAAGCUCCACCGACGUCGCUUCGAGGCAACACGUGCAGCGCACCCUUGGGAGACGCGCGUGCAGCUUGUAGAUGUUCUGACCAGUGACGGUCUUGCCUUUGGCGUCGGCGUCUACAGUGGUGCAGUGGAGGUGUUAGCGCUUUCCUCUUGCAGCAAGGUAGCUGGUAGGCCCAUCAAGAAAGUGUUGCCUGCCCUGAGGGCGUUGUACCCCGGGCACAUCUAUGUCCACGGUGGCUAUGAUGGCCAGCGUCGCCUGCUUUCCAUCGAACGAUUGGCGCCUUUCGGAGAUUGCUGGGAGCCGCUGCCUCCAAUGUCCGAUCGACGAGCUGUUGUGGCAGCGGAUGUAGUGGCCGGUAAGCUGUAUGUUUGUGGCGGCUGGGAUGGCGAGCAUCGCCUCAGCCAAGUCGAACGCUACAACAUUGCUGCCGGUUGCUGGGAGCAGUUGCCGCCAAUGCUGGAGAGGCGGAGCCAUCCUGCGGUUGCCACGCUCUGUGGAAAGCUCUACGUCUCCGGCGGCUUUGAUGGCGCAGAGAGUUUGAGCUCCGUGGAGUGCUUUGACCCCUCCACGAGCAGCUGGUGUUGUCUCCCGCAGAUGCAGGUACGUCGAAGACGGGCUAUUGCGGUUGUAAUGGCUGCCAAGCUCUACAUCUGCGGCGGCUUUGAUGGUGCUGGUCAGCUCAACUUCGCGGAGAGCUAUGAUCCACAGGAAACGAGGUGGGACAUGCUUCCACCCAUGCUGGCAAGACGCGUUGUCAGUGCCGCAGAAGUUAUUUGUGGCAAGCUGUAUGUUUUCGGCAGCGAGGAUGAUGCCAGGGUUGUCAGCUCGGUCGAGAGCUACGAUCCCCGGUGUGCACUCUGGGAGGCUCUACCGCCGAUGCAGUCUCGUCGUGUUGGAGCCGCUGCCGCUUCGGUUGCGGGCUGCUUCUACGUUUGUGGGGGAUGGGAUGGACGUCAGCGUCUCGACUCCGCUGAGCGAUACAAUCCUGCAACGGCAGCAUGGGAGGCUCUGCCGCCCAUGAGUGAGAGGAGAGAUCGAGCUGCAAUCGCAACCAUCGCUGGCCGGCUUUACGUCUGCGGAGGUUUCGAUGGUGAUGCGGAUCUGAGGACUGCGGAAUGCUUCGAUCCCAGCUCUGGUCGCUGGCUGACUUUGCCCCCAAUGCAAGAGAGGCGCUCCAGCGCUGUGGCGGUGGCGGCUCUCACGUAG